AUGACAAGAGAAGACAUGGAUCUAGACGACAUGUUCCGACAAGUUACUCCUGUACAAAAAAAAGAAGUCCUUUCUAUCCUGGAAGAAACUUAUCAAGACCAAGGAGUAGUAAUUAGUUUUGUAGGUGAAGAACAAAAUUUUUAUCC